AUGCUCGAGCGACCUUAACACGGGUUCUCGCGCGCGCGCGCUCUCUCUCUCUCUCUCUCCCUCGCACACACGUAAAGUCAGCGUUAACGCACGUACACACGUCCAAUCAACCGGAGAGUAUCGCGUUACCUUGCUGAACUCGGGGCCCAGUACGCGCUUGACCACGCUCCCGAGAGGAUCUUCUUCGUCGCUCGAACAAACGCGUUCCCGUUCCAAAGAAGUGUCCGCGAGGCUCGAACAUGCCUAACUGCCCAAAGUGCGAGAAGCCGGUGUAUUUCGCCGAAAGAAAAACCUCUUUAGGGAAGGACUGGCACAGCGCCUGUUUACGUUGCGAAAAGUGCAACAAAACUUUGACACCGGGUAGCCAUGCGGAGCACGAGGGCAAACCGUAUUGCAAUCAUCCCUGUUAUUCCACCAUGUUCGGCCCUGGAGGUUUUGGACGAGGUGGUGCCGAGAGCUACGUUUACAAAAAAUGAAAAACCGAGAAUUCUGCGAUAUAUAUAUACUUUAUCGUUAAUACGAAUGUAUUACCUAUAUCGUAGAAAUUAUAUUUAGUCUAAGGAUAUACAGAUCGCCUAAGCAUAAACGUACAAAAUAGAACUUGUUCGUAAAUAGUACGAAAAGUAUGUGCGUUCGAUUGUACGAUAUAAUUAAGAUAAUUCAUUUUUUUACAUGAUUGUAAACUGCGUAAUAAAACCGUUUGCUAGAGCGAAAUAAC